GCAGGUCUUGCAGAGGGACGGACCGCGGUACUUGACUGCAUGCGGCGUGAUUCGGUGGCAGCCGGGACAAACACGUCUCGUAUCUGGCCCGUCAGCCCGUCUCUCUCUCUCUCUCUCUCAAGCUCUCUCUCAGUCAUAAUGGCUGCACGAGAAUGCCAUCCACGCUAUGACGGCAUUGCACGAGAAUACCACCGCACUAGAGCGAACCCCCACGGCUACUCCCCCUGGUCCCGUAAGCUGCCAUCCCAACCCGACCCGAACAAAAGAAACCCCUUUCGUCAAGCUACAGGCCUGGUCUCCAGGACGGCAGGAGGGCCCCUUCGACCAAGCAUUUGCCAAACCGCCGGGAUCUUCCAGGCUUGAUACCAGCCUCGCAUCCACUAGACCUGCCGGCCGUCCCGCAGCCUUGGCGUUUCUGGAAAUUUUUAACCGAAUUUCAUCAGCUUUCGCCUGCCCUCAGAGCUCAGACCUUGAACCCGCCAAUUUCGGGCCCGGCCCAGACUGCCUGACCGCCAGCCAGGCUGCCCAGAGACACCUCCCGCCUGGUGGGUCCCACUGAGAAGUGGGAAGGAGAGUUUGCCAGCCAGCCAGCCAGGCCAGCCCACCGAAUCAGUGCGGUGUUGGCCCAUGACGAAACCUGGGUCGACAAGAUGGGUGAUCCGGACCCACUGUUUCUAUUUCGAGACCCUCUCGGUUGGCCAGAGGCCAGAUCGUAUCCUGUUCCCGAUCCGCACCGUGCAGGCGUGCAGGUCUUUUCUCGCCCGCACCAGAGCACCAUGACGGCUCUUCCAGCCUCUGUCGCCCCUCCUGCCCUCUUCCCGUCCUUGCCCAUCAGUGGGGGGGGGGGGGAGGGGGGCCUCAAUUCUUGCACCGCUCACUGCCCCACGAUCUCGCAGCUCUGACCCAGCCGUUGGCGCCCAGUCCUGCGGGCCGUCGCCGUUGCCUUGGGAUCUUGGGGGAGUUGGGACACGCCUUUUCUAGCAAUGACCAGGCCGCCCAGCGACACCCGCGCCAUUGGCACAUGUGGCAUGAGCUUGACGACGUAUCGAUCCCGCCAAGCUAGGCCCGAAAUGACGAGGCGGUGCUGGGGCCGUGGUCUAUGGACUGCCAGGACGGGUACGGUCGUGGACACGAAUAGUCCUGAAUAAGGUUGCGCCCCCACUCCCCUGUCUCAGUCCCACAGAACAGGCUUGCCCUGGCGAAAUACCCGAGCCGACUUGGAUCACCAAGAUCUGCCGCGGGAUCAGAAAGCUCUGGAUUCUGGACCUACACAGUACCCCCGGGGAUCUUGUGUGUGCCAACCUCGCCCAUCCGCCCGACUCGGCCUAUGGCACCGCUGCCAGCGGUCAUCCGUCACCGCUUGCGCGCACCACGCUACCCCCAUGUGGUGGCAGGCCACAUGCAAGUCGCGCAACAGUCGUACUAGUAAGGACAGGAGCAGCGUGACAGGGUUCUUUUUCACGAGAAGGCCGCAGCCAAUUGCUUUCUUAUCUCCUGGGUUACCUGCAGGAUGUGUGACUCGGGCAAGCCCAUCAGAGCCCGCCUCCACCAGAACCUCUCUCUAUCCCACACGCACGAGCUUACGGUGGUUCACAGAGCCAGUACCGCCCGGGCGAAGCCCCCUAUCAGGGAUCAACGGGACCGAGGCAGAGGUUUUCAAAUUCCAUCCAGCCCACAGUGGGAGUCCAGAAGUAUCGGUUGAAGGUGGAAAUCGAGCCUCCUUUUGCUUCAGCCGCUCUGGCUGGCCCGGCCGGGGUACACAGUCCCACCAUGAUGGACCCCGCCACCACGAACAUGCUAGCAACGGCCAGCGCACCUGCCAUGCACUUCCUGGCUCUCGCUAACAUCUCCACCCUGCUCCCCCGGGGACCGAGUGUUAGCAAGCAUGUCCAACGUGCUCAACAGUUCCCCGUCACUAUGCAUCACGGAUAGCAUGGCUAUGACCUCGUAUCCCCUUGGUUGUGGACCUGUCCUGCCUGACCCACGGGGGCGGCUUCGGGAGUCGUGCGAGCCAGCAGGUUUUUCCUUUUGACUUUGGACCAUCUUCACUGAUGGUCAGCUUUUCUCGAUCGUUUCUUUCCCGUACUCAUCCUCUCGCUUUGUUCUCCUGCUUUGUCAUAUCUGAGGUGGCUUGGGUAGUUGUUUUCCUGUCUGUCUGUCCGUCCGUCUGUCGCUUCGACCUUGUCACUCGCUCGUGUUCUUUGUCAGACCCUCGCUUUUCUCCUGUAUUCUUAUCUUGUUCUCAGGGCCCGACACAGAUAAACACCAGCACGGCCAGAAUUUGAUGCGGGCUUCGACUUUCGCUGAGGGACCCGCAAGAUGUUAGUCCCGGAGAGCUUGCUUCUCCUCCUGGGGGCUCUCAUACCAGCUCAGGCCCUGAAGUAUGACCCGGAUUUCGUGGAGUGGAACUUGAACACAAACCAGAACACAGAGAAUCCGUUGGAGUAUUCGGGAAAAUGGGAAGACCACACAUUCCAUCCUUCCCCCCCGAACUGGAGAUUUCCGUUUUACACGCUCUUCUUGGAUAAGUACGCCAACGGCGAUCCUACCAACGACGAUGCCAACAACACGGUCUUCGAGACGGAGACUUUGGGGACGCAACUCCGGUUCGGCGGCGAUAUACAAGGGUUGAUGGACAGUCUCGAUUACAUUCAAGGCAUGGGAAUCAAAGGCCUCUAUAUCGCUGGCUCGCCUUUCAUCAACCAGCCUUACGCGGCUGAUUCAUAUUCGCCGCUUGACCACACGCUACUGGAUCUUCAUUUUGGCAACAUCACAGUCUGGCGCCAGGCCGUAGACGAAAUCCACAGGCGCGGCAUGUACGUCCUGCUCGACAACACUGUCGCGACCAUGGGCGAUCUCAUUGGUUUCACAGGAUAUCUGAACAAAUCAGCCCCAUACGUCCCUGAACACGAACACACCGCCCUCUGGAAGACUUCCAGGCGCUAUCACGACUUCACGUUUGGAACAACAUUCAACGAGACUUGCGAGCACUUUCCCAGGCUGUACUGGGACAACGGAUCCGAGGUCGGAUCCGCGGUUUACGACAGCUUUGGUGGUUGUUACAAUGGCGACUUCGACCAGUUUGGCGACACCGAAGCGUUCGGUGUCUACCCUGACUACCGUCGGCAGCUCACCAAAUUCGCUUCCGUGCAGGAUCGGCUGCGCGAGUGGGUUCCUGACGUGCUGGAGCGGAUUUCUCUCUUCUCGUGCUUGACUAUCCAAAUGCUGGACAUUGACGGCUUCCGUUAUGACAAGGCAACCCAAGUCACGGUCGACGCCGAGGGCAGCUUCUCGGCUCACCUUCGCAAGUGCGCCAGGGACGUGGGUAAGGACAACUUCUUCCUGCCCGGCGAAAUCACUGGUGGUGACACCUUCGGCGCCGUCUACAUUGGCCGUGGCCGCUCGCCUCCUCAAUAUAUCGACAACGAGGAGAAGGCCGUCAACCUGACGAAUGUCACGGCGGCCGACAUGGACGUCUUCAUCCGCGAAGAAGGCCAGCAGGCCCUUGAUAGCGCAGCCUUCCACUAUUCCAUCUAUCGUAAUUUGCUACGAUUCCUGGGUAUGGACGGCGGCAUGGAGGCCGCUUACGAUCUUCCCAAGAACUGGGUGGAGGCUUGGAACAGGAUGCUGCAGACAAACGACUUUAUCAACGCCGAGACUGGUGUCGUGGACCCUCGGCACAUGUUCGGAGUGGUGAAUCAGGAUGUUUUCAGAUGGCCUGCCAUCACCUUUGGUAUUGAGCGCAACCUCCUGGGCCUGUUCAUCACCACCCUGCACAUGCCCGGCAUCCCGCUACUCUUGUGGGGAGAAGAGCAGGCGUUCUACGUCCUCGACAACACGGCGUCCAACUACAUGUUCGGCAGACAGCCGAUUGCGGCAGCCCCAGCAUGGCACGCACACGGAUGCUACACCCUCCCCGGUGAGCUGUACUUCGAGAUGCCGCUCAACGCGACCCUGCACGGAUGCCAGGACGAGACGGUGGCGUGGGACCACAGAGACCCCAGCCAUCCAAUCCGAAAUGUCAUCAAGCACAUGUACUUUCUCCGCGACCAGUACCCAGUGCUGACAGACGGCUUCUAUCUGGAGCAGCUGUCCAACCAUACCGAGUGGAUCUUCCUGCCUGGAAGCUCCGGUAUUGGCACGGAGCAAGGUCUCUGGUCAACCAUGCGCUCGUCGUACCUCGGCAUCCAGGACUUGGACACGGAAACGCCAGUAUGGCUGCUCUAUCACAACCGCAACCACACGUAUACAUACACAUUCGACUGCACCGACGAGGACAAAGCUCUGAUCUCUCCUUUUGACUCGGGCACAACAGUGAAGAACCUGUUAUUCCCUCACCAAUCCAUGGAUCUCAAGGACUCGCCCAAGAAGGUCGGAAUCAACGGUUCCACAGAGUAUAACGGCUGCGUUGAUUCCAUCACCCUCGACGCCUUUGAGUACCGCGCAUAUGUCCCAGUGAAGCAAUGGGUUCCCCCGCCGCCAAUGCUCACCAAGUUCAAGCCUGGUCACGACUACAGGAUUCUUUCGACAGAGGAGAGCAACACUGUUCUCGUUGAGAUACACGCCAACACCCUCAUGGACUGUGACUCGUUCACAAAGGCUAUCAACUUCAGCUCGAUCACGGAAUCAGACCUCACCCCAACGGUCGACACUUCCACGGUCAAGUGCGGUAACGUUACGACCAUUGAGCAGCCUGACUACCCGGGUGUCUUGGAGUCGGCCUGGGGAUGGUCUGCCAAUAUCACCGGCCUGGCCCAAGGAGUCCAUCAGAUCAUUGUCAACAAUGCUACGACUGCUGAUCUGGGCUCCUUCACCAACUCCACGGACCGGUUUUUCCUCCGGAUCGGCGGCCCAGACAACCCUCUCGUCUGGCCCCAGUCGUCCAACUACUCUUCGACUCUUGCCAGCAAGAAUCCCGACGGAAGCCUUACUCUCAAGCACACCGCCCCAGGUGCCAGCUGGUUCCGCUACUCUACAAACUGGGGCUCGUCGUACAGCAACUGGACAAAGUACGAGCCGACUACCGUUGUCGACCUGCUACCUUGGGAGGGCACAAAGGACCAAGAGUGGGAAGGGGAGCACGUCGUCGUGCAGUACCACAGCAAGCUCCUCGGAAGCAGUGCCUACGAGCAGCGAGGUGAUGUUGACUACAACGGGCCGGCGCGACGGUUCCCGCAUCUCUGGUCUUCUGGUCCCUUCAACCAGUAUGGCUAUGACGCUGGUGCGAGCAAUCAGUUCAAGCAUUUCGCCGAGUCAAUGUGGCAGUGGCAUUACAUGGAUGAGUGGCCAGCGACUGUCCAGCUCAGUGUCUGGGGCAUGAACCCCGACAAGAAGCCAGACCAGUCCUUCGUCUAUGGCGACAUUGAUUCGGAUGGUGUCCUCGACCGUCUGCCGCCUUCUUCCCUCGUGGAGAGCAACAUCAACAUCAGCAAGGCGCCGGCUAGACCCUAUCUGGCAUACAGGAUGGUCGUCCAAGAUUCCACGCUGAAGUACGGCUUGAUUCCCGCGGGCAACAUGUGGCAGCAACUGGUCUUGUAUAUCCUGCUCUGGAUCGUUCCUGUCAUCCUCGGUUUCGCGGCAGUGCAGGCGUUCAAGCGCUCUUUCUACAAGAUCAAGUUCAACGAGGUCGGUGUUACCAAGGCUUCCGGGUUCACGCUGCUCGUGUCCAAGGCCAAGGACACCAUCGCCAGUUUCCACGGCAGGGACGAGAAGGACGCCAGCGCCCUGGUUGCUGCAGCUGCAGCAGGGGACGCGAAGCGCAAGCGUGUCCUCAUUGCCACCAUGGAGUACAAUAUCGACGACUGGGGCGUCAAGAUCAAGAUCGGCGGUCUGGGUGUGAUGGCCCAGCUGAUGGGUACGGCACUGAAGCACCAGGAUCUUAUCUGGGUUGUGCCCUGCGUUGGGGGUAUCGACUACCCUAUUGAUACGCCCGCGGAUCCCAUGUUUGUCAAGAUUAUGGGCCAGUUCUAUGAGAUCCAGGUGCAAUACCACAAGGUUGACAACAUCACCUAUGUGCUCCUCGAUGCACCUGUGUUCAGGAGGCAGACCAAGGCAGAGCCAUAUCCACCGCGUAUGGAUGACAUGGAGAGUGCUAUUUACUACUCCGCCUGGAACCAAUGUAUUGCCGAGACUGUCAACCGCUUCCCCGUCGACAUGUACCAUAUCAACGAUUAUCACGGUGCUUGUGCCCCGCUGUACCUCCUGCCCCGCGUGAUUCCCGUGGCCCUUUCUCUCCACAAUGCAGAAUUCCAAGGAAUGUGGCCUAUGCGCACACCUGAGGAAAGCAAGGAGGUCUGCGAGGUCUACAAUUUACCGGAGGAGAUCGUCAAGGAAUACGUGCAGUUCGGUUCAGUCUUUAAUUUGCUGCACGCCGGUGCUAGUUACCUGCGAAUUCACCAACAGGGAUUCGGUGCAGUCGGUGUGUCCAAGAAGUAUGGUGACCGCUCCUUCGCGCGUUACCCUAUCUUCUGGGGCCUUAAGAAGGUUGGCCAGCUGCCAAACCCCGAUCCAACUGACACCGCCGAAUGGAGCAAGGAAACCGCAUACACCACCGAUGCUCCCACCAUUGACAAGGAGUUCGAGGCAGGCAGGGCAGACCUCAAGCGCCAGGCUCAGGAAUGGGCCGGUCUUGAGCUAAACCCCGAGGCUGAACUGUUUGUCUUUGUUGGUCGUUGGUCUCUGCAAAAGGGUGUUGACCUUAUCGCCGAUAUCUUCCCUUGGGUCCUGGAGACAUACCCCCAGACCCAGCUUAUUUGCAUUGGUCCUGUGAUCGAUCUGUAUGGUAAAUUUGCGGCUUUGAAGCUGGCCAAGCUGAUGGAGAAGUACCCUGGCCGUGUUUACAGCAAGCCUGAAUUCACGGCGCUGCCUCCCUACAUCUUCAGCGGUGCCGAGUUCGCCUUGAUUCCCUCGCGAGACGAGCCCUUCGGCCUUGUUGCCGUCGAGUUCGGCCGGAAGGGAGCCCUGGGUGUUGGUGCCAGAGUUGGUGGUCUGGGGCAGAUGCCUGGCUGGUGGUACACGGUCGAAAGUACCAAGGCAAACCAUCUGUUGCACCAGUUCAAGAAUGCCAUCGUGGCCGCCCUGAAGACUGACACGCAGACCCGGGCCAUGAUGCGCGCCUACUCCGCCAAACAGCGAUUCCCCGUUGCCGAGUGGCUCGAGAAGCUCGAGAAGCUACAGCAAAACGUGAUCAAGAUCUCCGAGAAGACUGCCAAGAAGGCCGGCAAGAAGAAGUUCCUAUCCAGCACGAUGAACCUCCUGAACCCGAGCAAGGAGGCGCUGAACACCGAGAUUCAGCUGCAGGACCGCACUCCAGCUUGGAUGCAACAGGUUCCGGACCAUGACGACGAUGCCUCGAUCAACAACCAGUCGCGCCUCACAACUGCCCUGAACACCCCGAUGCAAUCCCGCCCCGUGUCGCCUGGUGGGUACGAAUCCGCCGUGAGCUCGCGUUCCGGGACACCCUUGCCUUGGGCACCCGGCCACGACCGCAUGGAAUCUGAAUCUCCAAGCGUUCUCUCCUUCUCCCGGCCAUUCGCGCUAGGCAUGCAGAACAAUGCCAGUCGGGCGUCCAUGCUCAGCGUCGACGAGGUUGUUGGCGAGCGACACGACUUCAAGCUCCAGCAGACGGAUCCGUUCUUCACGGACUCCAGGGGUGAUUUCUACACCGAGUUCGAGAAGAAGCUGGGCACGCUGGACGCAAGCAACUCAAUCUCUGACCUGUGCAUCGAGGACUACCUGGUCAAGUCCGAGAAGGAGUGGUUUACGGAGUUCCGUGACGUGCGGCUGGGUCGUGGCCGGGCCCGCGACGCCUCGGCAUCUAGGCCUGGAUCCCGCGCCUCGUCCCGCAAUGCGUCUCGUAACCGCUCUCGGUCGCAGCUUCGGCUGUCUCUUGGACACGAGCGUCGGCCUUCCCGUCUCAUGAACGCCACGCCUGCAGGCAGUGACGCGGGCUCGCCUAGUGAAGACGACGACUAUGAACGCCAAUUUGAGCUGCCACAGGACUACAAACCACCCAACGGGUUGCAGAGGUAUCUCCAGUACCAGCUGGGAGAUUGGCCCAUAUACGCCAUUCUCCUGUCUAUCAGCCAGGUCAUCGCCACAAACUCGUACCAGAUCACGCUCCUGACGGGCACCGUUGGACAAACCGCCACCAAGCUCUACGUUGUCGCUUCCAUCUACCUGGGAUCCACAAUUGUGUGGUAUACCCUGUCCCGGACCCUCAGCCUCGUCUACUCGACCGCGAUACCCUUCUACUUCUACGGUAUUGCAUUCAUGAUCCUCGGCUUCUCCCCAUUUGCCACAGAUGAGGUUGUGCAAGGAUGGGUACAAAAUGUGGCGACGGGCUUCUACGCCUUCGCCGCGUCGUCCGGUGGCAUCUCGUUCGCUUUCAACUUCGGCACCGACGGUGGCUCUACCGUGUCGACCUGGAUCAUGCGUCUGGCCAUCAUCCAGGGCGUGUCCCAGGUCUACACCGUUGCCCUCUGGGCGUGGGGUAGCUCGAUCAGUGAUGCUGUAGCCACCGGGGAGACCGGUGCUUACUCACUGGCCAACUCCCCCUGGAUGCUCGCAGUGUGCCUUCCCGCCGCCCUCUUCCUCUGGGCCGUCGGCACCGUGCUCUUCAUGGGCCUGCCCGAUUUCUACCGCGAGACGCCCGGCCCGGUGCCGCAGCUGUGGAAGACACUGCUCAAGCGCAAGACGAUCGCGUGGUACCUGCUCGCUGUCAUUAUCCAGAACUACUUCCUCUCGACACUCUACGGACGCAACUGGUUCUUCCUCUUCUCGUCAGCAGUCCUGCCGACCUGGUCCGUCAUCCUAAUGGCGCUCUUCUUCUUUACUAUCCUGUGGUGCGUGGUCCUCUUCGGCCUCGCCAAGGUGUCAGAGUCACACCCGUGGCUGUUCCCCAUGUUCGCCGUGGGACUCGGCGCACCCCGCUGGGCUCAGAUGUUCUGGGGCUGCUCUCGUAUUGGUCUCUGGCUGCCAUGGGCUGGCGGCGCCGUCGCUGGCGCCGUGCUCAGUCGCCUCCUGUGGCUGUGGCUCGGCCUCCUCGACUCGAUCCAGGGCGCAGGUAUCGGCAUGAUCCUCAUGCUCACGCUGACGAGAGUCCACGUCGCCGCCGCCGUCAUCGGCGCGCAGGUGCUGGGGUCCCUGGCCACCAUCGCCGGCCGGGCCACGGCGCCCGACAACCUGGGCCCCGGCCCUGUCUUCCCCGACCUGUCCCAGGGCGCCGGGCACGUCCUCGGCAGCGCCUGGUUCUGGGUUGUGCUCCUGCUCAACCUUGGAAUCUGCGUCGGGUAUUUCAAAUUCUUCCGCAAGGAACAAGUUAGCAAGCCGUAAGACGGGCUUGAAAAUGUCACUGAUUUGUGUUUGGAAUUUAAUGGGCGCUGGAAGAAGGGUGUAUAUUUUGGGGUUUCGGUAUAUAUGGUAUAUAGAUAUUGGGCUUUUGGGUAAACCGCAUGGAGUACGGAGGCUUGCACGUAUUGGACUAGAUUCCUAAUGUCUAUUUUACUUGUUCAAUAACGAUAUCCUUUGAGUAGAUCCUCGUGUGUUAUAUGCCUUGACUGCGAUCCGGGUUGGGUGCCCCUGUGAUCGAUGCCCGCCCCACCGUGAUGAUUUUGGAAGCGGCGCCUUGCUGCAGCCAUGGGACGAACUGAUCGAGAAGAGGACAAGAAGACGAAUUCUGGGCACAAAGCUGUAUCGCAAAUCUCCCACCGGGCAUCGUGUCUCUCCUCAAGCAUGGCACAGAAGCCUUCGGGAU